GUUUCCAGAAUAAAAAUAGGGUUGCAAUCCUGGCAGAACUAGACAAGGAGAAGAGAAAGUUACUUAUGCAAAACCAGUCUUCCACAAAUCACCCUGGAGCCAGCAUUGCACUUGCAAGAUCACCACUGAACAAGGAUUUCCGUGACCAUGCUGAGCAGCAGCACAUCGCAGCACAGCAGAAGGCUGCACUGCAGCACGCACACGCACAUUCCUCAGGAUACUUCAUAACUCAAGACUCUGCAUUUGGAAAUCUCAUUCUUCCUGUCUUACCUCGACUUGAGGCAGAAUGA